AUGCAUGUUGAACUACUCCUGAGAUGUAGAGCAAACCAAGAAGCUAAGCCAUUAGAAAGUUUUGUUCCAACAACUCUCUAUCGAAAGCUAGGGAUGGAUUCUGUGGCAGUCGCCCCCGCACAAAACGAUGCAUUGCAACAUGUCAAAAAGCCUGGUGGUUGGGAGCCGAUUAAGAACAUCAAGGACCCAUAUGUGCAAGAGAUGGGAAGGUUUGCAGUGAUGGAACAGCCUAAGCCAGUAGGGCUCGUGGCAUCGAUGGAGUUUGUCGGUGUGGUGAGCGGCGAGAUUCAGCUGGUGGCGGCUGGAAAAGAAUACCGGCUUGUGGUGGAGGUGAAGGUGACAGAAAAGAUAAUAGUUCAUGGUUGCCCUGUAAGUUCCAUUAGACUUUACGUUGCUGUUGUGCUGGACAAGCCAAGUGACAAGUCUUGGAAGGUCUUAUCUUUUGCACCACUCGAGCUGCCUGUUGGCCUGGGCCAUGUCCCUGCCUAA